AUGCGCCCCUUCGAGUUUGGGGCACAGCUACCCCCGAACGAUGACGAUCCCUACGAGUUUAACUUCGCCUCCCCAGUCACUGCAAAUGCAUUAGACAUACGGAUGCCUGUGCCCAUGCGGCCAUGGCGUGGUUUUGCGCCACCUUCCGAGUCCAAUGUGUCUGCCAGCGGCUCUGGCUCCCAGCCACAACAGUCACUCGCCAAUGCCAACAAUGUCCAGCGUGACAUUCACUCACAGCUACCGUCUUCCAACAGCUCUGGCUUCCAGCUGCAGCAGUCGCUCGUCGACGCCAACAAUCGCCAGCAUGACAUCCCGCCACAGCUACCAUCUUCCAGCAUCUCCAGCUUCCAGCCGCAGCAGUCUUUCGUCAACGUCAACAAUCCCCACUAUUACGUUCACCCACAACUACAGUCUAACUACGCCCUAGAGGCGCCCGGUUAUUUGGUACCGCACGUGUAUCAUCCAAUCCUCAACGAGAGGCAGCCUCUCGGCUCCUUCUUUCCCGACUUCAGCCAGGCAGUUCCGUCUAUGGACAAUGAUAUACUGUUACCAGUUGGUACUGAAUAUCGCGACGAACCACGUCGAGAGCGUAUCUUUGGAGUCAACAGUACUCUGGGUCAAAUGUUCAAUAGGAAGUGCAAGGGCCGCGGCGACAAAUCAGAUACAGAGUACAUUGAUCGGCUGCCACAGAAGAAGAUCAGACUCAGGAGAUCGAUAGCAAACGCACCGACCAUGCUCUUAGCAGAUGCUGAGCAAUUCGCAGUUCUCUCCUGGCCCCAGCUUGUCGCUUCACCCCCUCCGUUUGCAUCCUCAGAAGCGGGACCAUCCACGGUUCCCUCCCAGUCUGUCGUUUCGCAUCCUCCUUCUGCAUCACUGGACUCGAUACCCUUCACAGUUCCCUCCCAGUCCGUUGUUUCACACCAUCUGACUGCACCCCUCGAUUUACAGCCAUUCACGGUUCCUUCCCAGUCCGUCAUUUCACAACCUCCAUCUGCACCCUUCGAUUCACAGCUACUCACGGUUCCUUCCCAGUCCAUCAUCUCACACCCUCCAUCUGCACCCCUCAAUUCGCAGUCAUUCACGGUUCCCUCCCAGCCCGUCGCUGCUCCGGCUGUACCUUACCCUGAUAUCUCAGAGCUUUCAUACAACCCAGCAAACUCGGCACACAAGAAAAUUGUCUCGUCCGCCACGAAAGCUAUCAAGAGCCAUUUGAUUAAUGCACAGCCCCUAUCAACUCAUUUGGAAAGAAGGCAUUGGGUUGAAACGAGGUUGGAGGAGUCGGCUACAAAACAGUAUCGUCAUCCAGAGUUCGGACGUAACUGGUCUCUCGGCAAUUCGGCGAUGUUGUAUAUGGCACUCUCUGAUCCCUGCAAAAGCCUUAUGCAGACAACCAAAAGGAUCGCAUGCUCCAAGGUUAUAUUGUACGGUCUACGUCCUGGAAUACGGUCGAUGGCCAACGAACGCCAGUUUCGGGCAAACAGGAUCGAGGGACUUCUCAGCAAAGGGACGUUCCCACCGAGAUUUACCUUCAGUGAGGAUGAGUUCAGCAAAUUACACUUCCUAGAAGACGAGGUGGUGUUGCAUGUCCUCCUGGACACUGUCGCGGAACUCGAACUCCGCCGCUACGUUGACAAUCUGGACAGUUUAUUUUGCUUGGCUGCCACCACUGUCAGCUGCGCCUUGAACGAACUCAAGAACGAUCAAUUUGCUCAUAUUGAAUUUACGGCCGAAGGUCAUCAAGAGUUUUACAAUAACCUACUUAACUAUCUUAGAAGGAUGUCUAGCGACCCAGUGUUUUUAGCCCGUUGGCAAAAGUACAAAAGGCUCACUUUGGCCAGACUCGCACAGAUUUGCUAG